AUGAGCAUUGCUGAUGAACGCUUUGAACACCUGCGCGAUAUUCUAAGUACUAUCAGAGACGAAACUCCGAUAAUUCCUGAAAACCCAUCGGAAGAAUGGGAAAAGGAGCAAGAAAAAGUCAUGGCCGUACCACCUCCUAUACAUGGUUAUUCACUGAGUGCUCCGAAUGUUCCUCUGUUUGAUUUUUCACCUAACUCUUCCACCCCACUCGUUCUCCAUAUUGAGCAAGUCUGGUUGAUUUUUGGCCAACUUCCCAAAGUUAUCCUUUACCCGGCUAACCAUCCACGCGAGGACUCUAAGGAGCAGCACAAGGAUUCCGACGUUUGGGAACCACGUCCAUCUGCCAAAUCGUACUAA